AUGUCCGAAUACUGGAAAUCCACCCCAAAAUACUACUGCAAGCACUGCAAAACAUUCGUCGUCGACACCCCCGUCAGCAAGAAGAACCACGACGCGUCCCCCAAGCACCAAGGCGCGCUAAAGCGCUUCCUGCGCGACCUCCACCGCACAACCGAAAAAGAAGCCAACGCCGCCACCGCCGCGAAGCGCGAAGUCGCCCGCCUCAACGCCCUCGUCUCCCCCGGCUCCUCCUCUUCCUCUGCAUCUGCGGCGGGACUGCCAGCACCGACCUACAAACCGCCGGCAAGAGCAGCGACCGAAGAGGAGCGGAAGCGCCACCUCAAGGAGCUAGAGUCACUCGGUGUCGCGCUGCCGGACGAGGCGCGGCGCGAGCUGGCGAUGGUGGGGGAUUGGACGGUGGCUAAUGUCGUGGAGGCGCCGGAGAAGGGGAAGGGGGAGGUGAGCGAGAAGGAGAAGCUGCAGGGCGAGCUGAAGCGGAAGUUUGAGGAGGAGGAGAAGGAGCGCAAGUGGAACGCUAUGGAUGAGGAUGAGCGCGCGAUGCGCGGGUUCAAGAUACAGACGAAGACGUAUCCGCCGAAGAGCGGUGAGCGGGUGGGCGGGUUUCGGCCGAUGGUGUUUAAGGGGAAGGGUAAAGCGGUGGCUAUGGAGGUUAAGAAGGAAGGGGAGGGGGAGGGUGGUGCGCUGGAGGCGGUUGUCAAGAGUGAAGAAACGGUGAAAAUGAAGGAGGAGGAUGAAGCGCCGCGGAUUAAAAAGGAAGAGAAUGAAGCUGAGGGUGUGCAUAUCAAGGCCGAAGCCGAAGAAGCGCCCGCGGCGGCGGCGGAGGUCAAGAAGGAGGAGGCGGCGGAGAAUGUCAGUGAUGGUAUCGUCUUCAAGAAGAGGAAGGUAAAGAACAUUCGGAAAAAGAUCUAA